AUGGUCUUUGAAGUGGGAGACAAGGUUUGGAUCCAUCUGCGCAAAGAGAGGUUCCCGGCCGAGCGCAAAUCCAAACUUAUGCCAAGGAUAGAUGGACCAUUUGAGAUCACCAGAAGAAUCAACAACAACUCCUACCAAAUUGAUCUCCAAGAUGAACCAGAUUUGAGGACAAAUCCUUUUCAAGAGGGAGGGGAUGAUAUGAUCAUGGAGGAGGUUGCUGGGAACUUGGACCAGGAAGCAGCUGGAGAGCUUGUAGCAGAGGAGGAGCAGCUUGAACCUGAGGAAGCUUUGGAAGCCUUGACCUUACCAACUGGUCCCAUCACAAGGUCCCAGACUAAGAUGCUCAACCAAGACAUUGGAAGAGUACUUAGCCGUUUGAGUCGGCAUGAUCAGGAGCUUAAACAUUCCACUUUGGUUUGUUUGAGAGCCCAACACUUGGGAUAA